AUGGUGAGAUUGAAGGAUGCUCGCCUACCAAAAGGACUUGUCAUUGGAGAUGUCGUCAUGGGUGCUCGCGGACCGGGAGGGCAAAAAUUACGCCGCAAGGACACUAAGAAGCGCUCACUGAAACGACUUCAGAUCAACCGGGAAACCUGGGAGGACCCCGACCAUAGCAGGCUGGAGGAAACAAGUGAAGAGCGACGCGACCACUCACGAAAAGAACCGGAUCGCCGUCGCCGAAGCCAAAAGGGUUGUUCGCAAACCUCAGGCGUCUUCGAUUCGCACUAUCGCCUCUAA